CAGCCAAACAGUCGUAGCCGUAAAGGAAAGUGGGAGCCUUUCAACCCUCACGCCGCCGAGUCACCAGGAGACAACACCGACGACUGGUCUGCGCAACACGCCGAGUUCUCAUCAGCUCAUAAAGCACCUCGCAAGCCACGUGGCAAGGCACCUCUCUCAAACUCACUUCACCGCACCAACUCACCUACAACUCCCGUGUCGUCACCUUGUCAUCCAGAGCUUCAGAAGGGUCCGCAGAGAAGGCCCAGACGCAAGAACAAGCGCGAUUCCAAGGUCGACAAGAACAAAGACGGCAAGAUGAUUCAGGUUCCUAAGAGUGCAUACGUGCCCCCUCAUGUGCGCAAGCGCCUCGCCGCCAAUCCUCAAGAAAUCACCAAGACAGAUGCAUCGACGGAUAUCAAGACAGAUGCAACGGCAGAUUUGCUCGCAGUCUCCGAUGACUCCAAAACUGAACAUCAUGUUGAGUCACACUCGUCUCCAAACGGCGUUGCUCUCGUGGAUCUGUCACCACCCUCGCCACCAACCACCGUCCCAGAGGAGUCCAAGACGAUCGAGACCGACGCGUGGGCUGGGUGGAACGAACCGAUACCAGAUCCGCCGUCUGCUCCACCGAGGCGCGAGAACCCGAACUGGCCGCGUGGGCCCAAGGCAGCGCCGAGGAAGAAUGUCUGGCCAAAGCAGCGCGACAUGAAGCCUCUUCCCAGUGAGAGUGAGAGUGACGGCGGAGUCGACUUCCGCUCCAACAGCAACGGAGACCCUGACUACGACGUCAAGAAGCUACAGGACUGGAACGGCGACUGGCUGCCUCCACCAGAGCAGUGGUCCGCCCGUAGAGGUUUCAUCAACAGACACUUUGGCCAGGUCAUCGAAGAAUGGAUGAACACACACAGCGAAGAAUGUAUCCAAACCAUGAAUAUCGAAUCGGGCGCAUUCAGUGGUGAGGAUGCUGGAGACAAGGGCAUGACAAUCCCCAAAGAUCUGGUGCCGCGAUACUGGAUGCCGAGUACCAUCGACGGUGAACCCUUGCGCAAGUUCUGGGAGAAAUUGAGACAUUGUGCACCAGCUGCGUUGGGAGACGAUGACCUUACAGAUACUCUCCCUUUUUGGGACAUGUACGAGAAUGAGGGGAGCUGCUUCAUAGACGGUCUGGUGGUGCCAGAUGCGAGAGUUGAUGCUACAGACCCUGACAACCACACGAGAGGGCAAUUUACAGGAGAGUCGAUCACGGUUUAUAUGGAGAAAGUUGCAGAUAGAAACCACGCCAAACACCUCAACUUGUUGAAGAAGCAAAAUCGUCCUGUCCGGGAGCCGAAAGUCCCGAUACCGCAGCCCGAAGACCGACGACUGAAGCCAACAGGCAAUAUCUAUCUGCGUCCUGUGCAGCCCGCCGACGUGCAUGGGAUUACAGAUAUCUACAAUCACUACGUCGAAAACUCCAUCCACGCCACCGAAUUUGACGCGCGCACCGAGCAGCAUAUUCGCGAUCGUGUCGAUACCAUCGUCCAGGCAGGUUUGCCUUUCCUGGUAGCAAUCGCCAAAGGCAACAAGCCCAAGGGACCGCGAGGUUACGUUAGCGAGAAGAUCAUCGGCUACAUCAACCUCGAUGACUACUGCGAUCGGUCCAGCCUAUAUCGCUUCUGUUUCGAGCUGGAGAUGUAUGUGCAUCCAGGCUACACGUGCCAGGGGGUCGCCCGAUGUCUUCUCGACCGACUCCUCGAGAUGGUCAAUACGGGAUAUAAUGCGCGGGGUGGGUACGAGUAUAUCAACGACUAUGACUAUCUCAAGACUGGGCCCAGUCGGGUUGUCAAAACGAUACUCAUCAACAUCCUCCAUGCUCGCAAAGAACUGCCGCCGUGGGCCAAGGUCCUAGAAAUGUUCAAGUUUGUGCGCUGCGGUCAUAUUUCGCAGGCCGGCUUCAAGCACGACCAGGUCGUGGACCUCUCUAUCUUUCAGCACCACACGACCGAGCAUAUUGAUCCCAAGGGGGUGCCCGCUGGUUGAUCUCUCUCGCUGAUACAUGGCUGAUCGAAUGCUUGACGGAGAGUGGUCAUUUCACGUCAACCAAAAGUCCUUUCUUUAUCUGCUAGUUGCGAUGCGAGUUGCUUUUUGUUUUGACAUGACAACAACACGACGUCUGGCGUAUGGGCACGGCUGGGAACUGCAUACACAGCGUUGGCGUUGACAUAUCUCUAGUACACAUGCUCAGUCACAAUGCACAGAAUGAAUAGUAACUCAAGUAGAAUGGAAAUGCAUUUUCACAUAACUCUCUUACGAUAACAUCCCUUCAACACACCCUCACUUCUUCUCCUCAUCUCCAUCAAACCCCCACCGCCCUGUCUGAUCCAGCCCCAACGGAUUCUCCCCCGUCUGCUCCUUGCCCGCAAUCUUCUCCGGCUUCUCAUAGCUAUCCUUGUU